AUGGCUAGCCAGAACCCCAGCGACGUCCCUGCCACCGAGGCUGCCCCUCAGGUUCUGCCUGACCGCACCCAGACCCCCGCCGAUAACCAGGAGGGUGGUAUUACAAAGAGCGCCGCCAAAAAGGCCGCCAAGCUCGCCAAAUUGCAGGCUGAGAAGGCCGACCGCAAGGCCGGAAUUAAGCCUGAGAAGGCUGCGAAGCCUGCUGGCCAGCAGGAGCCCAAGAAGGCCCCCAAGAAGAAGGUCGAGGGCGCUCACUUGACCGGUAUCGAUGUUUCCAAGGAGGAGGAUUUCCCCGGCUGGUACCAGCAGGUGCUCACCAAGGGUGACAUGCUGGACUACUACGAUGUCUCCGGCUGUUUCAUCCUGAAGCCCGCUCUGUUCUUUAUCUGGGAGGAGAUCCAGGAUUACUUCAACAAGGCCAUCAAGAAGAUUGGCGUCAAGAACUGCUCUUUCCCUCUCUUCGUCUCUGAGGAUGUCCUGCAGCGCGAGAAAGAUCACAUUGAGGGCUUCGCCGCCGAAGUCGCUUGGGUCACGCAUGCUGGCUCCUCUCCUCUGGAGAAGAAGAUCGCUAUUCGUCCCACAUCCGAGACUGUCAUGUACCCCUACUACGCUAAGUGGAUUCGUAGCCACAGAGAUCUUCCCUUGCGUCUCAACCAAUGGAACAGUGUCGUGCGAUGGGAAUUCAAGAACCCCCAGCCCCUUCUCCGUUCCCGAGAGUUCCUCUGGCAGGAGGGCCACACUGCUCACCUCACUGAAGACGCUGCCCGUGAGGAAGUCUUGACCAUCCUUGAUCACUACGCUGCCAUCUAUGAGGAGCUUCUUGCCGUCCCCGUUAUCAAGGGUCAGAAGACCGAGAAGGAGAAGUUCGCUGGUGGUGCCUACACCACCACCGUCGAGGGCUACAUCCCCACCACUGGUCGUGGUAUCCAGGGUGGUACCUCCCACGGUCUUGGCCAGAACUUCAGUAAGAUGUUCAACAUCACUGUUGAGGAUCCCUCCGCCAAGCCUGAUGAGAAGAAGCCCCCUCUGCACGUCUGGCAGAACUCCUGGGGUCUGUCCACCCGUUCCCUCGGUGUCAUGGUCAUGAUCCACGGUGACAACAAGGGUCUGGUCCUUCCUCCCCGCGUGGCCGAGAUCCAGGUCAUCGUUGUCCCCGUCGGUAUCACCGCCAAGACCUCCGACGAGGAGCGUGUCAAGCUCGAGGCCGAGGUUGACGGCAUCGUCACCGUCCUCGAGGCUGCCGGUGUCCGCGCCGACAGCGACAAGAGCGCCAACUCCCCCGGCUGGAAGUUCAACCGCUACGAGCUGCGCGGUAUUCCCCUGCGCAUUGAGUUCGGUCCCGGCGAGUCGGCCGGCCACUUCGUCACCACUGCCCGUCGUGACGUUCUCGGCAAGGAAGGCAAGGGCAGCCUUCCCAUCCCUGACCUGGCUACUGGUGUCCCUGCUCUUCUGGAGACUAUCCAGUCUGAUAUGUACAAGCGCGCUGCUGAGCAAUUCGACUCCCACCGCAUCAAGAUCACCAAGUGGGAUGACUUCACUCCUGCUCUGAACAACAAGAACGUCUGCCUCAUCCCCCACUGCUUGACCGAGGAGUGUGAGGAUCAGAUCAAGGACAUGAGUGCCCGCAAGGCUGAGGAGGACUCCGGUGAGGCCGAGGACGCCAAGGCCCCCAGCAUGGGUGCUAAGUCUCUUUGCAUUCCCUUCGAACAGCCCGAGGGCAUUGAGAAGGGCGUCACCCCCUGCUGCAACCCCAAGUGCACACGCCCCGCUGAGAAGUGGUGCAUGUUCGGCCGUUCUUACUAA